AUGAGUUUCGCUAGGACGGUCCACCACAUCGGCACGUACUUGGUACUGGCGGCCUUUGCGCUACUCAUAGUGCCAGAUGUGACCGCGCCUACGGUCCAACACUUGUCGCUCUUCACCGUCAGCAAUGAGUUUAAGCUGUACAAUGAAGGCUCGCCCGUGAUCAAUUAUGGUGCGUUUGGGUAUUGUUUGCGGGUCAUCCCUGAACGCGCCACCAAGGACCCAACGCAGCCUGCUUGUGUGCAGUCGGGAGUAGGAUAUUGGGCAACCAACAUCAUCGAGAACACCUACGGAUACCACUCGGCCAGCAUCCCCUACGAUGUGGAGCUGACCGUGUCAAGACUGACCAAGGUGUUCGUGCUCAUCCCGGUGGCCACCGCAGCGGCGGCGGUGGCAUUUGCCCUGGCCCUCUUUUCUUCUUUCUUCGUGAGCACAGUCGCCUCGAUGCUCGCGGCUUUCGUCGCCGCAUUCAGCUUCGCCCUUGCCUUCGUGGCGACCUGCUGCGCCUUCGUCGCGUUCGGGGCCAUCCAAGGUGCGCUCGCGAACAACAGCCAUACCUCUACGAGAGGAGACUUUGACGUCGGCAUCUGGGCGUUGCUCGCUGCAACCAUCUGCCUGGUGCUCGGCGCCACAUUCUUGCUGUUCACUUGUUGCAGCGGGCAUCACAAGAGAAAACUCGAGAGCGGAAACCUGGAAAAGGCCUAG